AUGUCUUUAAAAAUUAGGGCAAAGAAGAAGCAAUCGUUGUCCCUGGUUACAUUACUUCCUGAAGACAUCAUCAUUGACAUCUUAGCGCGUGUUCGGAGAUGCGACUAUUUAACACUCUCCCUCGUCUCAAAACAUUUCCGAUCACUCAUUGCAUCUCGUGAGCUCUACGCAAGCCGAUCCUUGUUGGGCUGCACCGAACACUGUCUCUAUGUUAUCCUCUGGAACGGAGAAACCUGGGAUUACCGUUUGUAUAUUCUCUGCCGGAAAGCCAACGUCAAUCACCACUUGGUCCCUAUCUCUUCGCUUCCCCAUAUGCGUUACCGUGGAAGCUUCGUCGUGGUGGGCUCGAGGAUAUAUGUGUUUGGUGGGUUUGACCCCAAGGAUAUUGCGUUAAGCAUCGAUUGUAGAUCUCACACAGUGCAAACUCUCCCCAGCAUGCCUGUGCCCAUGUCUGAUACAAUCGCUAACAUCAUUGACGGGAGAAUCUAUGUAACUGGAAUUUUUGAAUCGAAGAAGGUGAUGGUGGUGUUCAAUACAGAAACACAAAUGUGGGAGCAUAGAAAAAUAAUGCCAGACAAUUUAGGUGACACGAGAAAUGCUAAGAUGAGCUUUGUUUACAUGCCAUUGGAAAAUAGUUGGAAAAGGGACGAGAUGAUGAAUCUUUCUAACAAGUUGAAGAAUUCGUGUGUCGUUGAUGACGUAUUGUAUUACUAUGAUGAUAAUUGUGCCAAGAACAAGUUAAAAGCGUAUGAUCAAAAGAAAAAGUGUUGGGGAGUAGUGAAUGGUUUGGAAAAUUUGUCAGCUGAGAUGACACAUUCGUUGUGGCCAGAGAUUGUGAGUUAUGGGAGGAGACUGGCUUUGUUUUGGUGUAGACGAGAAGAGAUUUGGUGUGCUGAGAUUUCGCUGGAAAGACGUCAAGAAGGAGAGAUUUGGGGUAAAGUUGAGUGGUGUGACUAUCUCAUGUCUGGGAAUCUUCGCUUUUGGAAAUCUCUAGCUGUUAUGGUUUGA